GUUCAUCAAGCUCCUAGCCACACGCUCUGUCGUUACCUGUGAUGAGACCGUGGCAAGCGGACGGAAGCAAAACAAGACAAGGUAUACGUUUAUGCCUUGCUCCAACAUAGAUGGUUCCCUAAAGCUUCCGUUGUAUUUCAUUUGCACUGCUGCAAAACCACGAGGAAUCAACAUCGAAGAACUUCCCGUUUCAUAUAAUCAUUCCAAAAAGGCUUGGAUGACCAGACUGUUGUUCCGUCAAUGGUUCCACGAAGAGUUUGUCCCCGCUGUUCGAAAAUUUUCGGCCGAGAGAGGAUUAGAGCCAAAGGCAUUGCUGGUUCUUGAUAAUUGCACCAGUCAUUAUGACGUUGACGAAUCUCUACAGAGUGACGAUGGACUGAUUCAAGUGAUCUACUUCCCACCAAAUGUAACUGCUGAAUGCCAGCCGAUGGACCAAGCGGUCAUCAAUGCAAUCAAGCGAAAGUAUAAAAGAAAACUGAUGCUCGCAUUAAUUCUGGAAAACGAACACUUAAGUUUCGAUGAACGAUUGAAGAAGAUUAAUCUUCAACAGUGUAUUUCGUGGUUGGCAACCUCUUGGGAGGAGAUAUCUGACAAAACUAUACGUAAUUCGUGGAAGAAAUUGAUCGAUGGUUUGCCGGAGGAUGCUGUUAAUGUAGACUCGAAAGCGGCCGAUGAUGACUUCAAAGCGCUUGUGUCCAGGAUUGACAGUUUGGCAGGAACAAAAACAUCUGAGCAAGAUAUUGAUCUGUGGAUCAAAGAUCAGGUGUAUGAUGCUGAUCAUAAUCCAGAUUGGGUAACCAGUGAAGUGUUCUCUGAUGACGAGAUUUUGUCAUCAGUUCUCAAGAAAGAUCAACCUGAAAUGCAAGAAGAAUGGUUGGUAGACACAGAAGAUGGAAGUAAUUCGUUUGAUACUUCCAUUACUAGUACCGGAGAUCCUGAUUUUGGCGAUGCAAUCAAGUCAAUUGAUUGCCUAGUUCGCUAUAUGAAGCAUGAUGUUGCAGAAGUAUGCCAUUUGAACGCGCUACGUUCGAAAAUCACUGAAGUUGAAUGGCUAAAACGAGCAUGUUGAAGAACUCUACCAUUUUGUUGAAAAUGAAUUUACGUGGUUUGUUUAAUUUUGUUUGAAACGUUUAAAAUAAAUAUUGUUUUUGUUGAAUAAUAUUCGAUUUUAUUUAUUUCAAUGAUUCAUUUAAAAUUUAUUUUAAACCUAAAAACACCAUCCACGAGCCCCUCGAAAAA